AGAAGGGCGAGGUUCCACCCCUGGAUAUAUGAGACCCUCAGGAACAGGCUCCAGAAGAGUGUCUUAGGAGCAUCUUCUAAGUCUCAUUCCACCAUGAAGCUUACCACCACCUUCCUAGUGUUCUCUGUGGCUCUGCUCAGCGACUCUGGUGUUGCUUUCUUCGUGAACUCGGUGGUCAAACCUGUGGCAGAACCUGUGGCUGCCCUUGCCCCAGCUGCGGAGGCUGUGGCCGGGGCUGUGCCUAGCCUACCAUUAAGCCAUUCGAGCAUCCUGAGGUUCAUCCUGGCCAGCCUGGGCAUUCCGGUGGAUCCCCUUAUAAAGGGCUCCAGCAAGUGUGUCACUGAGCUGGGCCCUGAGGCUGUGGGGGCUGUGAAGACACUGCUGGGAGCCCUGACAGCAUUUGGUUGAGGUGAACCUGGAAGGACUCUGCCUGACAAGAUGUACUCUUCAAUGAAAGAUGGAAAUCCUACUGCUCACAACUUCCCUCUGCCUUAAUAAACAUGGCCAGCGUA